AUGGCUGUUGCUCUUCUGGAGCAGCAUGCGUUCGGAUCCGCCAUUUCCAAGCUUUUGGAAGCUCUACGGACGCAAAAGGAGCUUCCAAUAUGCCACAUCGCCGACUCCAGCAUUGAUCAGUGCAUGCUUCUCACUAAACUUGACAGGUUCUGCUGCGACGGCACCUUCAUCUACGACCAGGGCAUACGGCUUCCUUCUUCAGCUACAGAUUCUGGCAUAGUCGCGGCUGCGAUCCUCUUCAACGUGGCCCUGGCGUACCAGGGAUACGCCUAUGGUCAUAAAGAAGUCCCCCCAACGCACCUCUUGGAAAAAGCCAAGCGCUUGUUCGAACUCGCCGCGAAUGUGCGCGAGGGCAAAGACGAUGCCUUGUUUCCAUUUGCUGUCAUUAACAACCUAGCUGUGAUUGAACACAAGCUCGGAAACACCACAAAGUCCAUCGAGUACUUUGAAUUUUUGGCCCAUGUCAAAAAUGCUGUUCUGCUGAAUGACGAACAACACUGCUGCUGCGCCUGCUGA